CCCAAGCCGGGCCGCGGGCUCGGAGCGCGAUCGGCAACAAUGUUUACGUUCCGGGGAUUAUGACGUCGACGCCUCCCCCCACAACUGCUGAAAAUGGUUUCCUAGGACUUUGCAAACGGAUCUGCUUAAGUGUUGGUGCAAAACUUUGUAGAUCUCGGCUCUGGCUAGCUUUAUUUAUUUAUUUUUUGAUUUGUUUUCUUUGGUCUUCCCUCCUUCCCCCCUCCGCCAAAAUGCAGGGGGCAGGAGUGUUGACAAUUAAUUGGUGAACUCUCCUAAAAAAAUGGAGGCAGAGAAAGACUCUGGAAGAAGAUUGCGCCCGAUUGACCGCCAGAGAUACGACGAGAACGAGGACUUGUCGGACGUGGAGGAGAUCGUCAGCGUCCGCGGCUUCAGCCUGGAGGAGAAGCUGCGCAGCCAGCUGUACCAGGGGGACUUCGUGCACGCCAUGGAGGGCAAAGAUUUCAACUAUGAGUACGUGCAGAGAGAAGCUCUCAGAGUUCCCCUGAUAUUUCGAGAAAAGGAUGGCCUGGGAAUUAAGAUGCCUGACCCUGAUUUCACAGUCCGAGAUGUCAAACUCCUAGUGGGUAGCCGGCGGCUGGUGGAUGUGAUGGACGUGAACACCCAGAAAGGCACGGAGAUGAGCAUGUCCCAGUUUGUGCGAUACUAUGAGACGCCCGAGGCCCAGCGGGACAAGCUGUACAACGUCAUCAGCCUUGAGUUCAGCCACACCAAGCUGGAGCACUUGGUCAAGCGUCCCACCGUGGUAGACCUGGUGGACUGGGUGGAUAACAUGUGGCCCCAGCACUUGAAGGAGAAGCAGACGGAAGCCACGAAUGCCAUUGCAGAGAUGAAGUACCCAAAAGUGAAGAAGUAUUGUCUGAUGAGCGUGAAAGGUUGUUUCACUGACUUCCACAUCGACUUUGGAGGCACUUCCGUUUGGUACCAUGUUUUCCGGGGUGGGAAGAUCUUUUGGCUGAUUCCUCCAACCUUGCACAAUUUGGCACUGUACGAGGAGUGGGUGCUGUCAGGCAAACAGAGCGACAUCUUCCUGGGAGACCGUGUGGAGCGAUGCCAAAGAAUUGAGCUGAAACAGGGCUACACAUUUUUCAUCCCUUCCGGCUGGAUCCAUGCAGUCUACACCCCCGUAGACUCUCUCGUGUUCGGCGGAAACAUUCUGCACAGCUUCAACGUGCCCAUGCAGCUGCGGAUCUACGAGAUCGAGGACAGAACGCGGGUGCAGCCCAAAUUCCGUUACCCCUUCUACUAUGAGAUGUGCUGGUAUGUCUUGGAGAGAUACGUGUACUGUGUGACCCAGCGGUCCUACCUCACUCAGGAAUACCAGAGAGAAUCAAUGCUUAUUGAUGCCCCAAGAAAGCCCAGCAUAGACGGCUUCUCAUCUGAUUCCUGGCUGGAGAUGGAGGAGGAGUCCUGUGAGCAGCAGCCCCAGGAGGAGGAGAAGGAGGAGGAGGGGGAGGAAGAGGAGGAGGGUGCAGAUAAGACGCCCAAAGCUCCCACCGAUGGCCCUGCCUCGCCCACCAGCACCCCCUCCGAGGACCCGGAGGCCCCUGGGAAGAAGCCCAAAGCCCCUGCCAUGCGCUUCCUCAAAAGGACUUUGUCGAAUGAGUCAGAAGACAGCGUGAAGUCCGCCACGGUGCCCAUAGACUACCCCAAGACGCCCACCGGCUCUCCCGCCACCGAGGUCUCUGCCAAGUGGACCCACCUCACCGAGUUUGAACUGAAGGGCCUGAAAGCUCUGGUGGAGAAACUUGAAUCCCUCCCGGAGAACAAGAAGUGUGUUCCUGAGGGCAUCGAGGACCCCCAGGCACUCCUGGAGGGUGUGAAGAAUGUCCUGAAGGAGCACGCGGAUGACGACCCCAGUCUGGCCAUCACUGGGGUCCCCGUAGUCACUUGGCCAAAGAAGACUCCAAAGAACCGGGCCGUAGGUCGGCCCAAGGGGAAGCUGGGCCCCGCCUCCGCGGUGAAGUUGGCCGCCAACCGGACCACGGCGGGAGCUCGCCGGCGCCGGACGCGAUGCCGCAAGUGCGAGGCCUGCCUGCGGACGGAGUGCGGAGAGUGCCACUUCUGCAAGGACAUGAAGAAGUUCGGGGGCCCCGGGCGGAUGAAGCAGAGCUGCAUCAUGCGGCAGUGCAUCGCGCCAGUGCUGCCGCACACCGCCGUGUGUCUAGUGUGUGGCGAGGCAGGAAAAGAGGACACAGUGGAAGAGGAAGAAGGCAAGUUUAACCUCAUGCUCAUGGAGUGCUCCAUCUGCAACGAAAUCAUCCACCCUGGAUGCCUUAAGAUUAAGGAGUCAGAGGGCGUGGUCAACGAUGAGCUUCCAAACUGCUGGGAGUGUCCAAAGUGUAACCACGCCGGCAAGACGGGGAAACAAAAGCGUGGCCCUGGCUUUAAGUACGCCUCAAACCUGCCCGGCUCCCUGCUCAAGGAGCAGAAGAUGAACCGGGACAGCAAGGAGGGGCAGGAGCCUGCCAAGCGGAGGAGUGAGUGUGAGGAGGCGCCCCGGCGCAGGCCAGAUGAGCACCCCAAGAAGGUGCCCCCAGACGGCAUCCUGCGCCGAAAGUCAGACGAUGUGCACCUGAGGAGGAAGCGGAAAUACGAGAAGCCCCAGGAGCUGAGUGGACGCAAGCGAGCCUCGACGCUUCAAACGUCCCCCGGUUCCUCUUCUCACCUCUCGCCGAGGCCCCCUCUAGGCAGCAGCCUCAGCCCCUGGUGGAGAUCCAGUCUCACUUACUUCCAGCAGCAGCUAAAACCCGGCAAAGAAGAUAAGCUUUUCAGGAAAAAGCGGCGGUCCUGGAAGAACGCUGAGGACCGAAUGGCUCUGGCCAACAAGCCUCUCAGGCGCUUUAAGCAGGAGCCGGAGGACGACCUGCCCGAGGCGCCCCCCAAGACGAGGGAGAGCGACCACUCCCGCUCCAGCUCCCCCACCGCCGGCCCCAGCACGGAGGGGGCGGAGGGCCCCGAGGAGAAGAGGAAGGUGAAGAUGCGCCGGAAGCGGCGACUCCCCAACAAGGAGCUGAGCAAGGAGCUGAGCAAGGAGCUCAACCAGGAGAUCCAGAAGACGGAGAGCAGCCUGGCCCACGAGAACCACCAGCCCAUCAAGUCGGAGCCUGAGAGCGAGAACGAGGAGCCCAAGCGGCCCCUGGGCCUCUGUGAGCGCCCUCACCGCUUCAGCAAGGGGCCCAACGGCACCCCCCGGGAGCUGCGGCACCAGCUGGGGCCCGGCCUGCGCAGCCCGCCCCGAGUCAUCUCCCGGCCCCCUCCCUCCGUGUCCCCGCCCAAGUGCAUCCAGAUGGAGCGACAUGUGAUCCGGCCGCCCCCCAUCAGCCCCCCGCCCGACUCGCUGCCCCUGGAUGAUGGGGCGGCCCACGUUAUGCACAGGGAGGUGUGGAUGGCCGUCUUCAGCUACCUCAGCCACCAAGACCUGUGUGUCUGCAUGCGGGUCUGCAGGACCUGGAACCGCUGGUGCUGUGAUAAGCGGUUAUGGACCCGCAUCGACCUGAACCACUGCAAGUCCAUCACACCCCUGAUGCUGAGCGGCAUCAUCCGGCGACAGCCUGUCUCCCUGGACCUCAGCUGGACCAAUAUCUCCAAGAAACAGCUGAGCUGGCUCAUCAACCGCUUGCCUGGGCUCCGAGACUUGGUGCUGUCAGGCUGCUCAUGGAUCGCAGUCUCAGCCCUCUGUAGCUCCAGUUGUCCGCUGCUCCGGACCCUGGAUGUCCAGUGGGUAGAAGGACUAAAGGAUGCCCAGAUGCGGGAUCUCCUGUCCCCGCCUACAGACAACAGGCCAGGUCAGAUGGACAAUCGGAGUAAGCUCCGGAACAUUGUGGAGCUGCGUCUGGCCGGCCUGGACAUCACAGACGCCUCCCUGCGGCUUAUCAUUCGCCACAUGCCCCUGCUCUCCAAGCUCCACCUUAGUUACUGUAACCACGUGACUGACCAGUCCAUCAACCUGCUCACUGCUGUGGGCACCACCACCCGAGACUCCUUAACCGAAAUCAACCUGUCAGACUGCAAUAAGGUCACUGACCAGUGCCUGUCCUUCUUCAAACGGUGUGGGAAUAUCUGUCAUAUUGACCUGAGGUACUGCAAGCAAGUUACCAAGGAAGGCUGUGAGCAGUUCAUAGCCGAAAUGUCUGUUAGUGUCCAGUUCGGGCAAGUGGAAGAAAAACUCCUGCAAAAACUGAGUUAGUCCAAGGACAAACCACAGAACGAUUCCAUUUUGCAAGUCUCGCUGAGGAAGAAGCCAGUCCGCCACCGUUUUGGGGAUGAGUGAGUCCGGCGCUUUCCUUUGGUCUUUCUGAAUCAAAACUGCACUGCUUUCUGGACCAUUUCUAAGGCAGCCUUUACCAAGAAGACAUUCCUGUUGGAGAGGAGGAUGGACUUGGGAGAAAUUCUCUUACUGGAAGCAUGAGCUUAGGAAUUUUUUUUUUGGUGGUGGUGUUUUUUGUUUUGGACACCUUAUUCCUGGCAACUUUGGGGUUUUUUGGUGUCAACAUAAAAUGGACCACACACCACAGCUGCCGUCUUGACAUGUUUGUUUGUUUGGUUUUGUUACAUCUUACAUUAUGCAGAACUAUUUUUGUACAAAUUGUUUAAAAGUUAUUUAUGCAAGGUUUGAAUGCAUACCAGUGUUUUUAUUGUUUUGAGAUUGCCAACUUUCCUGGUUUCCUUAAGGUAGGAGAGAACUUAGCCUGUUCUUCAUAUGAAUCCAUCUACACACGUGCCCAGAUCUGGCAAAACAGGCUAAGACCUUCCAGUUAAAAGCAUGUCUAACUGGAAGUUGAGAGCCUGCUUUGUAUGUCAAGAAGUUACAUAAGCAUGUUGUGGAUAUGUGUAAAUUAUAGUCAAAGUGAGACACUUUGCUAAAUUUCCUCUGUAUAGAAUUCACCUUUUUCUCAAAAUUUUAAAUUCAGACUUCAGCCUUUGAACUCAGGAGGGUUUUGCUCCUGCAUAUGAGCUCUUGUACUCUACAUAGACCUAAUUUAUACAGUGAGUCAAGAAGUUGAAUAAAUGAUCCAACAUAGCCUUUCUUUUCCUUUUUUCUCCCUUUGAAGUGUGAGUUGAGUUCUCGUUUAAGGUUUAUAACAUGGCUGUUUCCUAGUUGUAAAGUUAUGCAUUCAUAAGUGCCAUUGUUGUAAGGUGGUGUUUUCCUAGACCUUCCCUGACGCGGUUUUACCUUUGUUGAAUUUGUAUAAACAAUUGUACAAACACACCACUCUUGGACUUGGAGGGUUCUGUUCUUGGGGUGGACCAGGAGUUAAGACUAGGACGUCCAGAGGCGGUAGUCUCGACGCCAGUGCACACAGUUUUGAAGCCAAACAGGGUAUAAUUUCUAAUUUCUUAUUCAUCUGAGAAAUGCGGCAGCCCCUUGGUACAUGUUCUGUCCGUCUUCAGAAAGAGAUCUUGCUGUUUGUAGCUAAUAAAGGUAACG